GGGUUUCUCACCUCACUUCUCCGCUGACCGCGUCGUGAAGCCUCUUACAGGAUGGAGCGGCCGGCAACUGCAGCGGCACAGAACAAGACGUCCCUCCACCGGAGGGGCCCCCGGACAGGCGGUCUCCCUUCUCUCCGGCCAAACGGACCUGAUGGUGGACGUCAGAGUCAGCUGUGUUAGUCUGCCAGUUGUCACCAUCUGAUUGUGAUGUUGCUGGAAGUGUGUGGGAACAAUACAAACUGGCUCCUCAUCAGAUCAUUGACACAGUUGUGUGGGGAGACAUCACGCUGUGCUGAAAAGUUAAGUGGGCCUAUUUAGUUGAAUUUCCUGGGCAAACUCCAGUUCAACAUUGGCAACACCUAUUGUGUAACCUAUAGCCAAGUGCCUACUUAUAGUUCAAGCGCUAGGUAUUGGAUACAUCUGCAGCUACAGCCAGGAGAACAAUCUAUUUCAUGGCAUCAUAAACAACAGCUUGUUGGUCAAUAAGUUCUCUUUGCUAGGCCAGUGAACUCUAACAGCAACUUUCAAUGCCAGCUACAAUGUAUAAUGGCCAGAGUUUAGACAAGCCGGCUGUGAUUUUUGACAGCGGAUCUGGACUAUGUAAAGCUGGAAUAUCUGGUGACACCACCCCAAGAUCAUUAAUCCCCUCAGUGGUUGGCCGUUGUAGGAACAGUCUCACUUUGAUAGGAGCCAAGAAGAAACCGUUCUAUAUAGGACAUGAAGCUCAGGCCUUAAGAGGGAUCCUAUCAUUUAAGCACCCAAUGGAGCAUGGCAUAGUGACAUCUUGGCCAGACAUGGAAAAAAUCUGGAAGCACGUUUACAAUUGUGAGCUUCAGAUUGAACCCAGCGAAAGACCAGUUAUGUUAACAGAAGCUCCAUUAAAUCCAAUUUCACAACGCGAGAGGACAGCUGAAGUAAUGUUCGAGACUUUCAGAGUCCCAGCCAUGCACAUAGCAUUGCAGCCCACCUUGCCUCUCUACGCUAAUGGCCGCAUGACAGGCUUAGUUGUGGAGUGCGGAGAUGGCGUCACCCACACCUUUCCCAUUUUUGAAGGCUUUUUUAUGGCACAUGCUGGGAAACGCCUUGAUGUUGCCGGUCGAGACAUUACAAAAUAUUUCACAAGGCUUCUACUGGAGUCAGGAACAUCCCUCGUUAGCAGCUCAGAGAAAGAGAUCGCCAAAGAAAUAAAGGAAGAGCUUUGCUAUGUGGCUUUGGACCUAUGUGAGGAAAUGAACAAAGACCCCAAAUAUGUUUUGAAUAACUAUAGCCUUCCAGAUGGCAAUGUCAUCGUCGUUGGCAAUCAACGGUUUCGCGCACCGGAGAUCCUAUUUUCACCAUGUAACAUUGGUGUAGAGGCACCCGGAUUGCACAAAAUGAUUUUUAAUAGUAUUCAGAAGUGUGACCGAGAUGUUCGGGGGGCUCUUUAUAGCAACAUUAUAUUGUCCGGUGGUUCCACACUCUUCUUGGGAAUGGAAGAUAGGAUUUGCAAGGAGAUGAAAGCACUGACUCCUGGCGGGGUUCAGGUAAACAUAAUAGCCCCAAACCAGAGGCUAUUUUCUGUCUGGAUCGGAGCCUCUGUCCUGACAAGCUUAAAAUCUUUUAGGGAUAUGUGGGUCACUUCAGCUGAUUACAAAGAAUUUGGCCCAUUGGCAGUACACAGAAGUUAUAGUUAAAAACAUGUAAUCCUGUUUUGCCAUGUUAUGUAUUAGGAUAAAUGUGAAGCUGAAUAAAAAAAAAAAAAACCACAGCAUAACAAUU